CUCGGCUCUGUUCGGCUCCUCCUGCAGGAGAGACAGAGAGCGCCUGCAACUCUGGCGCACGCGCUCAGGCCUCUUGCGGCUCUUAGGGGCCCGCUUUGCCGUGUGUUUUCACUUCCUUCUCUUCCGAGCUGUAUCCGGGUCGUUGCUUUCUCUAUUGUUUCAGGCAGACGACCUCGGACUUUGAAAAUUCUGGGUCUUUUGUUGUUUCUGGUGCAGGCUAAUAAAGUUUUUCUUUCUUUUAUUUUUUUCUAACAGUUUUAACGGAGGAAAUUAACUCCCCAGAGCUGCCGGGGCCUGAGGGAGCCUCUGGCACUGGAGCGCCGUGGGAAGGGGCGCGAGCGGCCGGGGCCGGUUCGGCGAGGACUAGGGGGCGGGGUGGGGGGCGGGAGGGGACCUCAGCGCUGCUUUCUAGGCGCCCGGGCCCGGUCGGAGGCGCCGCCGAUUUUAAGUAGCAUCUUUCGGAUUUGUUCCCGCGGUAUCAGUCCCAACUUCAGCGCUGCCAAGGCUCUCGCAGCCUCUCUCUAGGUCUCCUCCAAACGACCACCUCACGGAUUCCUUAUGGAUCGCAGCUCCAAGAGGAGGCAGGUGAAGCCUUUGGCAGCUUCUCUGCUAGAAGCUCUCGAUUAUGAUAGUUCAGAUGACAGUGAUUUUAAAGUUGGAGAUGCCUCAGAUUCUGAAGGGAGUGGUAAUGGAAGUGAAGAUCCUUCAAAGGACAGUGGAGAAGGUUCCUGUAGUGAUUCUGAAGAAAAUAUUUUAGAAGAAGAACUGAAUGAAGAUAUUAAAGUAAAAGAAGAACAACUUAAAAAUUCUGCAGAGGAAGAAAUACUGUCAUCAGAAAAACAGUUAAUUAAAAUGGAAAAGAAGGAGGAAGAAGAGAAUGGAGAAAGACCUAGAAAGAAAAAGGAGAAAGAGAAAGAAAAGGAAAAAGAGAAGGAGAAAGAAAAGGAGAAAGAGAAGGAGAGAGAGGAUAAAGAAAAAGCAACAGUAUCUGAUGCUGUGGCUGCUUCUGCUGCUUCCACCACACCAGCCACAAGUCCUCCUGCUGUUAACGCAUCUCCUUCAGUCCCCACUACGACAACCACUACAGAGGAACAAGUCAGUGAGCCAAAAAAGUGGAACCUUCGUCGAAAUCGACCACUUUUGGAUUUUGUAUCCAUGGAAGAGCUGAAUGAUAUGGAUGACUAUGACAGUGAAGAUGACAAUGAUUGGCGACCUACUGUAGUAAAGAGAAAGGGGAGAUCUGCAUCUCAGAAAGAAGGAAGUGAUGGAGACAAUGAGGAUGAUGAAGAUGAGGGAAGUGGGAGUGAUGAGGAUGAGAAUGAUGAAGGCAAUGAUGAAGAUCAUAGCAGCCCUGCCAGUGAAGGGGGUUGCAAGAAGAAGAAGAGUAAAGUUCUUAGCAGAAACAGUGCUGAUGAUGAGGAACUGACCAAUGAUAGCCUGACACUAUCUCAAAGCAAGAGUAAUGAGGACUCGCUGAUUCUUGAGAAGAGUCAAAGCUGGAGUUCUCAAAAAAUGGACCACAUUCUGAUUUGCUGUGUUUGUCUUGGAGAUAAUAGCGAGGAUGCUGAUGAAAUAAUUCAGUGUGACAAUUGUGGCAUUACAGUCCAUGAAGGUUGUUAUGGAGUUGAUGGAGAGAGUGACUCUAUUAUGAGUUCAGCUUCUGAAAACUCCACAGAACCUUGGUUUUGUGAUGCCUGUAAAUGUGGUGUUUCCCCUAGCUGUGAACUCUGUCCCAAUCAGGAUGGAAUUUUCAAGGAGACAGAUGCUGGAAGAUGGGUUCAUAUUGUUUGUGCCCUGUAUGUUCCUGGAGUAGCCUUUGGAGAUAUUGACAAAUUACGACCAGUAACACUAACAGAAAUGAAUUAUUCCAAAUAUGGUGCCAAGGAGUGUAGCUUCUGUGAAGACCCUCGUUUUGCUAGAACUGGAGUUUGCAUUAGCUGUGAUGCAGGGAUGUGCAGAGCCUAUUUCCAUGUGACCUGUGCCCAGAAGGAAGGUCUGCUUUCAGAGGCAGCAGCAGAAGAGGAUAUAGCAGAUCCAUUUUUUGCUUAUUGUAAGCAGCAUGCAGAUAGGUUAGACAGAAAAUGGAAAAGAAAAAACUACUUGGCUCUACAAUCCUAUUGUAAAAUGUCUUUGCAAGAGAGGGAGAAGCAACUGUCACCGGAAGCACAGGCAAGGAUCAAUGCCCGGCUUCAGCAGUAUCGUGCCAAAGCAGAACUAGCUCGAUCUACCAGACCCCAGGCCUGGGUUCCAAGGGAAAAAUUGCCCAGACCACUCACUAGCAGUGCUUCAGCCAUUCGUAAGCUGAUGCGGAAAGCAGAGCUAAUGGGGAUCAGUACAGAUAUCUUUCCAGUGGACAAUUCAGAUACUAGUUCUAGUGUGGAUGGAAGGAGAAAGCAUAAGCAACCUGCUCUCACUGCUGAUUUUGUGAAUUAUUACUUUGAGAGAAAUAUGCGCAUGAUUCAAAUUCAGGAAAAUAUGGCUGAACAAAAGAAUAUAAAGGAUAAAUUAGAGAAUGAACAGGAAAAGCUCCAUGUGGAAUAUAAUAAGCUCUGUGAAUCUUUAGAAGAACUACAGAACCUCAAUGGAAAACUUCGAAGCGAAGGGCAAGGAAUUUGGGCCUUACUAGGCAGAAUCACAGGGCAGAAGUUGAACAUACCGGCAAUUUUGCGAGCACCCAAGGAGAGAAAACCAAGUAAAAAAGAAGGAGGCACACAAAAGACAUCUAUUCUUCCUGCAGUACUUUAUAGUUGUGGAAUUUGUAAGAAGAACCAUGAUCAACAUCUUCUUUUAUUGUGUGAUACCUGUAAACUCCAUUACCACCUUGGAUGUCUGGACCCUCCUCUUACGAGGAUGCCAAGAAAGACCAAGAACAGUUAUUGGCAGUGUUCAGAAUGUGACCAGGCAGGGAGCAGUGAUAUGGAAGCAGACAUGGCCAUGGAAACCUUACCAGAUGGGACCAAACGAUCAAGGAGACAGAUUAAGGAACCCGUGAAAUUUGUUCCACAGGAUAUGCCUCCAGAACCCAAGAAGAUUCCAAUAAGAAACACGAGAACCAGAGGACGAAAGCGAAGCUUCAUUCCUGAGGAAGAAAAACAUGAGGAAAGAAUUCCUAGAGAGAGAAGGCAAAGGCAGUCUGCGUUACAAAAGAAGCCUAAGGCUGAAGAUUUGCGAACUGAAUGUGCAACUUGCAAGGGAACUGGAGACAAUGAAAAUCUUGUCAGAAAUGAUGAAUAUACAAAGUCUUCCUUGGUUUUGCCUUAAGAAGACAACAUCACAGAUUUUCUGCAAAGGUUUUAAAGAGGUAAUGAAGAGGGAAUUAAAUGUUUUAUAAAUAUAUAUUAAUGUUUUUGAGGAUAAAAUAAGUUGGAUAUAAAGCAAUGCCAUAAAAUGUUUUAUGGUUAUAAUGUGAUUCUUCUGUAAAAAAAUACAUAUUCAGUUUAAGCACUAUUGCUCUUGGGUUAAAGAAGAAUUUUUUUUUUUAUGUAGAAUUUCAUGUGUUUAAAAAGGCAGUCUCAUAAGUUAAUAUUGGCCAUUUCCUCUAACAUCUCUUUUAUUUUGUAAUUGGCACCAUUAUUGUUUGCAAAUCACCCCCCCAAAGUCUACACUUUCAUGAUUAAGUUGCAUUUUAAAUACUAUGUACACAUGCUAUUUUUUAACUUUAAUUUUAAGACAUUUUAAAGUAGACUUUAUUUUUCCUAAAGAUAUAUUUCAGUGCUUAGUCAGAGAUACAUUAUACUUAUUAUGUAUGUCUGUUAGGUUCUCUUAUAAACUUCUUCGGUGGUAAUUUAGUAUUUUACUGAAUAUACUAUAUUUUCUCAAGUUCCUUUGAACUAAUGUGUGUGACCCACUAGAACCUGCUGUUCAGUAGCUUUGAUUUUGAAACCACACUUCUCUAUGUAAUUCAGGCUAUAUAAAAAAAUCCUUCCUAGUUAUUUUCCUGGCUUUUUCAGUUAUCUGUAUAUGUGUAUAUGUGAAUUUACACGUGUAGUUUUUUAAUAUCAUUGGGAAAUUGACUUCCUUUAAUACGUUAACUGUGAUACUGGGUUCCAGCUGUCAUUUUUGGUUUGCCUCUAAGUUUUUCUCAGGUCUUCGGCAAGUAAUUUAGCAUUUCUGUGUCUCAGUUUUUCUCUUUAUUGUACAUGACCAAAAUUACACUCUGUUCCAUUAGGGACUUAAAUGAGUAACUACUGAGUGAUAGAUAUUUUUCCAUGUAAAAUAGUAGGGUAGUGGUAUUAUUUAGUCAUACAAAGGAUGCAUGUAUGUGGGCUCCAAAGUAAGGAUUCCAAUUGGUAAACAUGUUUUAGUAAUAAUACACGCUUAUUUUUGCCUUUCAGAGAAUGUGCAUGCCCUGUUUUUGUUGAAUUUGUUGAAACAUGUUCUCUAAAAUGAUUAGACUCAACGAUUUCCACUAGACAUGGGAAAUCUGACAGGAAUCAAGGUCCUAAAUAGAAAGAUGGUUUACAGUAUCUUACAAAUUUUUAAAAAAUAGUCCUUCCAUUUUGCAUCUGCUUUUGAAAUUUAAUUAAAAAUUAUGUGGGAAAUCUCCAAUUAAAAAUGCAUAUUUCUUAAUGCUAAAGGCCAAAUUGAAACUCUAUUUUGAAGUCUUUUUAGGUAUUUAUCUCUUUGUGAUGGAUGUUCUUUGUUUGAGGUAGAUAUGGCCAUGUAGUGAUAUAUUACUGGUUUUUGUUUCCACAGUUCCUGGAACAAUUAAUACUCAGUAAAUGCUUGGUAAAUGAAUGACUACUUCGUAUAAGUAAUGACUGAUCAUUCUUUGCUGAAUUAAUAAAAAAAAACCUUUUACUGUUAUAAUUUAUUCCUAGAACAAAUUGGUCAUUAAAUAUAAGUAUUUGAUGAAGAUGUUUAGAAGGCUUAAGCAACUGAGCCACCCAGGCGCCCUGUUUAGAAGGCUUAAUAAAGGAAAAUUGCUUUUAUGUCACUAAAAAAUAGGGGAUGAAUUUUUUCUGUGUAAAAGGUAAAGAAAUAGGAACUACAGAUCUUGAGAUUAGUUAGUUGAUACAUCAAUGUAACAAACAAAUGAAGUGAUCUCUCUCCUUGAUCAUAUUUGAUUUGCAAAAGAUAAAUUUUUAGAUGUCGCUGUGCCUUUCUUCUAAGUCUUUAUCAAGCUAUCAGAUUAGGAAUAAGACCAAACUUUUAGACCUCAAAUUUUAGCUUAACUGUGUAAACUCAGUGUGACACAUUUUAUUACUUAAUGGGAGAUAGGAGAGAGAAAAAAGUUUUCCUAAAACUAAAAAAAAACCCUAGAAUCCCAUCGGUCUCCUUAAAUAGUAUCUUUAAUUUUAUUUUGUAUUGUGUCCUUUACUCAGAAGCAUUGAGUGUAGGAAAUGAUCUAUGAAGCUAUUUUACUUUUAUAGCUAAGUCCACACUAUUAAAUGCUUACUGUAUUCUCCUCCUUAUUUGAGUAUAUGGCAAAUUAUAUAGAUACUGAAUCACUUUGGUUAUAAGAUUAGGAUGUCUGUUUGUUCUCUUAACAAUAUUAUUGGCACUUUUAUUUAUUUCACAUUUUAAACAUCUGGCUUCCGAGUGCUUCCCUCUUAACUAAAUUUGAUUGUAUCAUAAGCUGUUAGGACCACCAGCAAAAAUUCAUAUUUAUCAGAUUUUUAUUUCAGAUAUUAGUCUCUUUGAUUACUCAGGUUUUUGUUUUUUUUUUUUAAUUACCCAUUUUGUUCCAACGUGUGGAGGCUUAUUAGAUUACCUGUGUCAUAGUUGAACGGUUGUUUUCUUGCAGAGAUUUUAUUAGACUAGAUAGUAAAGCUAAGAUUAGUUAUAACUUGUUACUAUACUCAUAGAACAUCAGAUCACUAAAAAUGGAUUGUUUUAAAUUUCUUUAAAAAGUGAGGGGCGCCCCAGUGGUUGAUCAUCUGACUCUUGGUUUUGGCUUAGGUCCUGAUCUCAUGGUUUGUGGGAUUGAGCCCUGUGUCAUGUCUGGCUCCAUGCUCAGCAUAGAGUCCGCUUGAGUUUCUCUCUCCCUCUCCUUCUGCUCCUUGCCCCCAAUCCCCCACAUGUGCACUCUCUCUAAAAUAAAUAAAUCUUUAAAAAAAAUUUUUUUUAAAUGAAACCUAGCGUUACUUUUUUUAAAGCAGUUAAAAUUGCAAUUGGUAUCUUUUUUACAACAAAUAGAAUGAGUUAUUUUGAUUACACACAUGUUAAUUUACUGUUUCUUGUGCAGUUUAUCACAUAAUAAUCAUUCUUGAUAAAAUUCGUAUACUCAUAUAGGAAUAUCAUGAUUGUAAGUGAUGGUGUUUGUAUUAUUUGGAUAAUUAUAAAUUAAAACCUGGAAACAACUACAAGUUUUAAAAUUAUUUAUGUCUUCUGAUAACUUUCAAUGUAUGAAAAACAGACAUUCCCUGUACAAAGACAUUUCUGGACAAACUUCUGUUUUUAUUCUUUGUCUCUACCAGCAAUUUCAAGGAUAGGUUUUAGGUUUUUGUUUUAUUUUGUUUUGUCUUGUAUUCCUGAGUCAGUGGGUAGUUAGUACUAUAAAAUUACUUUAUUCUAAAGGACUACUACUUCCAAAGCUUGAAUUUUAAUUAUUUCUUUCAGAUAUGUGUGGUAAAAUGUAUCCUCAUGUCACGCUUAUAGCUUUGUGAUAUAUCUUUCUUCAAGUUUGGCUGCUACUCUUUCUGGUACAUGUUUAACUUGGCUUUUCUCUCUUGAAAGUAUAACCAUCUUGAAGGCCAUAGUCUGUUUCACGUAACCUCGUACAGCUUUACAUUCUCGCUCCAAGUUACUGAACCCUCACCCCCCUCCCCUGCCAAUCAUGGUGGUUAGUGGCUUACACACUUUGUAGGAAGUUGCAUUAAGGAAUCAUUGCCAAGAUAUUAAAUCUUACUAGUUUUUAUGUUAGAUUUAAUAUAAAAAACAAAGUAGAGCAACCUAUCAAGAUUUCUCAGAAGACGUAUGGACUUCCUGUAACUCAUAGCCUGAAGAAAUAUGCUGCUUAACUCCUUUAAUAGGGUUCACAUCAAAAGGGAAGAAAUGUCUGGGAUUCUAAAUCCAAACUGAUGAAGCCUUAGGAAUUAUUUGAAAAUGUAAACAAAGGAACAUAAUUAUGACCUCUUUGAAAUUUUAUCUGCUUAGAUUUUUAACUGUCCUUUUAAAUUUUUAUAUAUAAUUUUAGUAACAAUUAUAGAAACAGUUGCUUUUCAUGGAAAUUCUGGUAUGAUUAGUGAAUAAUAACAUCAUCUAAUACUUAAGCAAAAUUAAAAUUCAGUAAAAUUAAGAACACCUAUUUCUGCUGUAUUCUGGGGUGUUUAACAUAAUUAAUUAUGUCCCUGUUUUGAGAAUAAAUUUCCAUUUUGUUUAACACACAGUUGAUUUUUAACCUUUUGAUGUCUUUAAAAAAGAUACUACUUUAUGAGGUCAUCUUUAGUUUUGAAAGCUUAAUUUAUUCUUGAAAACUUGGUUUAAUUGUAUUAACUUUUAAAAAGCUACUUAAUUGGAUAAGCUUAACACUAGGCAUAAAACUAAGAAUGACAAUAUUUAAUUUAAUAUAUGAAUAAUGCUGGAAUGUAUAAAGAAAUCAGUCUGAUUUACAAAGAUGUUUUUCUUUCCCUUGUUAUUAAAGAUAAGUAGGAAAAAAAGUUUUAAAAUACAUUAUCCUUGUCUUAAAAGUAGAUGGUUUUGAUGAAAUACAAUGUUAGUUAUUUGGAUGCAGAUAACAGAAAAUUAAAAGUAAAAAAAUGGCUAUCUCUAAAUAGAAACUCAAUCAUACAUGUUUUGUUUCAGUGUUUUAAAAUCUAGACUAUGUCAACUACAUAGACAAACAACAAUUCAGUGUCCCUAAAAUUGUAAAUUCUAACAUAAUAAUGAAAUGAUGAAACAAGCUUAAACAGUUUCAUGGAAAUACUGUUUCCAUUUAUUAAAAUUUAUUUAAAAAUAUCAUGCCCAGUAGUUCUCUGUUUGCUUCAGUUUAGAAUAUACAGGAAGUAGUUUCAGAAUUGCCAACCCAAACAACUACAACAAUUAAAUCUGCUAAGUUCACUAGUGUUGUUUAUGUGUGUUUGGAGGGUGGUAAUAACUUACAUACAAUGAAAUGCAUAAAUGUUAGGUGAAUAAAUUGAUAGUUUUCCAGAAAAGUAUGCACUCAUGAAACUCCCAUUUCUAAUAAGAUCCGGGACAUUUUCAUCAAUUCCAAGAAGCUGUGCCCUUCCGCAAUCAGUCUUCUCAAAGGCACUCAUUUUGCUAUUCUUUUCAACCUUAUGUUAGUUUUGCCUCUUGUAGAAUUUCAUGUAAAUGAUAUGUUUAGUUUUUAUUUGAUAUCAGCUGUUUUAAUGGGUAUGUGAGGGUAUCCCACUGUGAUUUUAAUUUACAUUACUCUGUUAUAUAUAUAUAUAUAUAUAUAUAUAAUAUCAUAUACAGGGAUGUUGAGUACAUUUUCAUGCACUCUCUGGCUAUUUGCAUGUCUUUGAGAACUAAUUCUUUUGCCCAUUUUUUUUUUUUUUAAAGAUUGGGUUAUAUGUUUAGUAUUGAGUUGUAGGAGUUUUUAAUAUAUUUUGGAUGUAAGUCCUUUCAUAAAUAAAUGUUUUUAAACAUAUUCUCCUUAUUCAUGGCUUGCCUAUUCAUGUCUUUAAUGGUAUCGUUUAAAGAGCAGAAGCUACUAAUUUUGCUGAAGUCCAAUUAAGCACCUUUUUCUUUUAUGAUUAUUGCUUUUGUUUCCUAUCUAAGAAUCCUUUGCCUAGGUCCAGGUUACAAAGAUUGUCACCUUCAUUUUCUUCUAGAAGCUUUAUAACUUUAACUUUCAUAUUGAGAUAUGUGAUCCAUUUGAAAUUACUUUUUGUUUGUGAUCUCAGGUAGAGUUAAGGAAGAUUUAUUUAUUAACUCACGUGGGUUUCCAGUUUUCCAGCACCAUCUAUUGAGAAUGCUUGGCUUUCUACAUUAAGUUGUUUUGGUGUCCCUGUUAAAAAUCAGUUGGCCCAUGAGAGAUGAUGGACUCUGAAAAACAAACUGAGGGUUCUAGAGGGGAGCGGGGUGGGAGGAUGGGUUAGCCUGGUGAUGGGUAUUAAAGAGGGCGCGUUCUGCAUGGAGCACUGGGUGUUACGCACAAACAGUGAAUCAUGGAUCACUACAUCAAAAACUAAUGAUGUAAUGUAUGGUGAUUAACAUAACAAUGAAAAUUUUUAAAAAAAUCAGUUGGCUUUUUAAAUGUGGGCCCUUUUUGGGCGCUUCGGUGGCUCAGUCGAUAAGCAUCUGCCAUCAGCUCAAGUCAUGAUCUCUGGGUCCUGGGAUGGAGCCCCACAUCAGGCUUCCUGCUCAGCAGGGAGUCUGCUUCUCUCUCCCUCUCCCUCUGCCCCUCCCCACUGCUCGUUCUCUCUCUCUCAAAUAAAUAAAAUCUUAAAAAAAAAAAUAAAUGUGGGUCCUUUUAAAACUGUAUUCUGUUUCAUUAAGCUAUGUAUUUAUUCCUGUGCCAGUACCAAUUGCCUUGAUUACUGAAGCCUUAUAGUGCAUUUUUUUGUGCUUGUAGUUCUUUUGCAUUUAAUACAUAUGUCAGAAACACUUGUCCAUUUUCAUUAAAAAAAAAAAAAAAAGAAACCUGUAUAUAAUACCAUAAAAGGCACAGGCAGCAACAACAACCACAAAAAUAGAUAAGUUGGAUUUUAUUCAAAAUUAAACUUUUGUGUAUCAAAGGACAGUAUCAACAGUGAAAAGGCAGCCCCCAAAAUAGGAGAAAAUAUUUGCAAAUCAUAUAUCUGAUAAGGAAUUAAUAAUUGGGAAUGCAUAAAGAACUGCAACUCAUCAACAAAACAAAAAACAUGAUUAAAAAUUAGCAAAGGACUGGAAUAGACAUUUCUCCAACAAAGAUAUACAGCAACCAACAAACACAUGAAAAGUUCAUCAACAUCACUCAUUAGAGAAAUUCAAAUGAUAACCACAAGAUACCACUUCAAACCAUUAGAAUGGCUAUUUAAAAACUAACAAAUUAGCAAGUGCUGGUGAUGAUUUGAUGAGAUUGGGUCCCUUGUGCACUGUUGAUGACAUGCACUAUAAGGAAAACAGUAUAGCAAUUCCUCAAAAUAUUAAAAACAGAAUUGCCAUAUGAUCUAGCAGUUCCAGUUCUAGGUAUAUGUCCAAAAGAAUUGAAGGCAGGGACUUAAGACACUGUACAUCUGUAUUCAUAGCAGCAUUAGAGGCAAUAGCCAAAAGGUGGAAGCAACCCAAGUAUCCAUUUAUGGAUGAAUGGAUUAAAAAAAUAGGGAAUAUACAUACAAUGGAAUAUUAUUCAGCCUUAAAAAGUAAGGAAGUUCUGACCCAUGAUGAAAUGUGGAUGAACCUUGAAGACCUUAUGCUGUUUAAAGGGUACAGUUUCAGUUGGGGAAAAUGAAAAGUGGAGAUGGAUGAUGAUGAUGGUUGCACAGCAGUAUAAAUGUACUUAAUACCAUGGCGCCCGGGUGGCUUAGUCAAGUGUCCAACUCGAGUUUGGCUCAUGUCAUGAUCUCAGGGUUGUGAGAUGAGCAUGGGGCUCUACUCUGGGCAUGGAGCCUGCUUAAGAUUCUCUCCCUCUCCCUCUGCCCCUCCUUUUCCCCCCACCUCUCAAAAAAUAUAUAAAUCUACUCAAUGCCUUAGAACUGUGCACUUAAAAAUGGUUAAAGGGAUAAUGUUAUGUAUAUUUAACUACAGUUUUUUUAAGGACCAAAACAGCUUACUGGGAUUAUGAUUAGCUUUUUGUUGAAAACGUGGAUGAAUUUGGAGGAGCAUUAAAAUCUUAAACAGUAUUCUCUCUCUCUUUUUUUUAACGUAUUUAUUUGAGAGAGGGAGAGAGAGUGAGAACACACAAGCUGGAGGAGGGGCAAGGGGAGAGGGAGAAGCUGACUCCCCGCUGAGUGCAGAGCUUGAUAUGGGGGCUGGAUCCUGACUGAGCCAUCUAGGUGCCCCACUUUUUUUUUAAUUUAUUUUUUUUACUGAAGUAUAAUUAACGUAUAGUGUUUUUAUAUUAGUUUCAGGUGUGCAAUUUAAUGAUUUAACAAUUUUAUAAAUUACUCAGUGUUCAUCAUGGUAAGUGUACUGUUAAUCCUUUAUAUCUAUUCCACUUAUCCCCCCACCCACUCCCCCUCUGGCAACCACCAUUUUGUUAUCUAUAUUUAAGAGUCUGCUUUUUUGUUUUUUCUUUCUCUGUCUUAUCAUCUGUAUUUGUUUAAAUUCCAAGUAUGAGUGAAAUCAUAUGGUAUUUGUCUUUCUCUGACUUAUUUCACUUAGCACAAUACCCAUGGUAGGUCCAUGGAUGGUAGGUCCAUCCAUAUUAUUGAAAAUGGCAAGAUCUCAUUCCUUUUUAUGGCUGAGUAAUAUUCAUAUUCAUUCAUUUAUAUUCAUGCACACACACACACACACACUAUACCCAUUUAUCUGUUGAUAGAUAUUUAUUUACUUGGCUUGCUUCCAUAUCUUGUCUAUUGUUAAUAAUGCUGUAGUACACGUAGGGGUGCAUAUAUCUUAUCAAAUUAGUGUUUUUGUUUUAUCUGGGUGAGUACCCAGCAGUGGAAUUACUGGAUCAUAAGGUAAUUCGGUUUUUAAUUUUUUGUGGAACUUCCGUACUGUUUUCAGCAGUGUCUGCACCAAUUUGCAUUCCCACCAACAGUGCAUGAGGGUUCCUUUUUCUCCAGAAGUGCUUGCCAGCACUUACUAUUUCUUAUCUUUUUUAUUUUAGCUGUUUUGACUGGUGUGAAGUGAUAUUUCAUUGUUUUGAUUUGCAUUUCCCUGAUGGUGUGUGAUGUUGAGCAUCUUUUCAUGUGUCUGUUGGCCAUUAGUAUGU